CGCCCGGCCGCGUCACGGGGGCGCGCGGCGGUGUCGGGCCGAGCGCCGCGGGGCCGCUCUGCUCCCGCUCCCGGUCCCGUCAUGCAGGCGGUGGAGCGGGACGGGGCGGCAGGCGGCCCCGAAGGAGCGACGGGAGCUGCUGAGGCCCCGCCGGAGCCGUCGCCGCCCAAGGCCGCCGCUGCUUUCGACCUGCUGGAGCUAGUGCGGAGCUACCGGCGGCUGGAGCUCUACCUGGAGCCGCUGCGGGACGCCGCCGAGGGCGUCCGCUCCCUCCUCCGGUGGCAGCGGCCUGUGUGCUCUCUCCUGGUCUGCCUCGGCCUCAACUUCCUCUUGCUCACCCUCGGCCAAGCUGCCUGGUACUCGGUGCUCGCCCUGCUGGUCGCGGUGCCGGCCCUGCUGGGUUACCUUCAAGAGACGUGCCGGGCCCGGCCCUCGGAGCCCGAGCUAGUGCGCAGGAGGUACCACAGCAUCCGCAGAGAGGAUCUGCGCAAGGUGCAGCUCUCGCGGCAGGAGGCCAUCGCCCAGGUCAAGAGCUUCCUGAUCCAGCUGGAGGGGUUUCUGAACGGGAUGUGCUGCAGCUGUGAGGCAGUGUACCGUGUGCUGUACUGGGAGAACCCCACUGUCUCUUCCCAGUUUUAUGGGGCGCUACUGGGCACUAUCUGUGUCCUCUACCUGCUGCCCCUUUGCUGGGUCCUGGCCAUCCUCAAUAGCACCCUCUUUCUGGGCAACACCCAGUUCUACCAAGUGAUAAUGGAGCUCAAGGCCUCCGUUGAGCAGUGUGUGGGCUCCAAACCCCUCGAGAGCACUCCAGAACCUGCUGAACCCCUGCCACCAGCUGCUGCCCCAGAUCGGACCCCCACCCCCACCAGUGCAGAGGACCUUACCCCUGGCAGUGUGGAGGAAGCAGAAGAGGCAGAACCUGAUGAAGAGUUCAAAGAUGCAAUUGAGGAGGAUGAUGAGAGCUCUCAGUGCUCAGCAGAUUUUGACCUCAGCCUCCCAGACAAUGGUUUUAUGAGCAAAAAUGAGGUGAUCCGCAGCAAGGUGUCCCGCCUAACCGAGCGCCUGCGCAAGCGCUACCCCAGCAACAACUUCGGGAACUGCACGGGCUGUGCUGCCACCUUCUCUGUGCUUAAGAAGAGGCGGAGCUGCAGUAACUGUGGGAACAGCUUCUGCUCCAGGUGUUGUUCCUUCAAAGUCCCCAAGGCUGUGAUGGGAGCCACGGCCCCGGAGGCUCAGAAGGAGACAGUGUUCGUGUGUUCGCUCUGCAACCAGGUGCUCAUCAAGUGAUGAAACAGGCCCAGCCAGCUCCUGUGUCCUGCACUGCCUGACACCUGGGACAGCAGGCAGGCACCCUUGCCACUGGGAGCCUGGAGUGUUUGGAUCCCAGCAUGGCAUUCCCCUGCCAGAGGAUGCUUGCACUUGUGCUCCUCCUGCCAGCGCCAGGCUGGACGGACCAGCCUUCCUUGCCAUGCACCAGCUGGGUCGCUGUGGUGGAGCACUGCCCACGGCUGUGCCCCAUCCCUGCAGCUGCUCCAAGCCGUGGGUGCUCUCUGGCACUUGCUGUGCCCUGCCACGUGCUUGCCCAGGCCCUUUGGCCUGGCUUCGUGAUGGAAGAGCCAUCCUUCCUACUUGUGGUCCUGCCUUCGCCUCCUGGGUGGGGCAGAACAACCUCAGGGCUUUGUCCCUACCUUUCCCAGCACUGUGCUAUAAGUGACUGUAUUUUUGGGAUCAAUUCAAAGCUCCUCCUGCAUCCCUUGGGGUCUAGACUAGCUAGGUCUUUCAUCCUGGCUCACCUGAGACUCUGUUAGUCACUCCUGUGCUCCUCAGCCUCACUGCCUGCAGGUUUAGUCUUAUACCCCAAAUUUGGCUGUAACCCAGAGGAGGAAAGAGAAUGAGUUUGGAUUGGGCUGUGUGGCUGGGUCUCCAGAGUGACAAAAGGCAGGAGUUGGUGCUGCUCUGUGCACUUAGUGACUGCUGCUUUCUACUACAGAUUAAUAUAUAAUUGCAUAUAGAGAAUGAUCAAUAAAUCUCUUGUCCUCA